AUGCUUCCCGUCUCCGUUGAAAGCGGCUUCUACGAAUCGAACGACGGUCCCAUUAUCGAAGAUCUCAACGAAUAUGGUGAUAUCUUCGGCACCUCCGUCGAUUACGCCUUCGAAACGGUUCCGCUUGCCGUCCACAACCGGACUGAGCUUAUUCGCUCAGGCAAGGGACUGGGAGGGUCAACUCUCGUGAAUGGAGGUUCCUGGACACGCCCACACAAGGCACAGAAUGAUUCCUGGGAAGAAGUGUUUGGGAUGAAGGGAUGGAACUGGAACAAUCUGCUCCCGUAUAUGAACAAGAUCGAGGCCUUCCGUCCUCCAAACCCUGACCAAAUUGCUGCUGGACAUCGCUUUGAUCCUGCCUGCCAUGGCACGGAUGGUGUCGUCAAAGUCGGUCCUCGAGACACCGGAGAGAAGUUUUCUCCCAUGAUCAAAAGUAUCAUGAAUACUGCGAACAAAUCCGGUAUCCCUGUUUAA